AUGUUAAUUAUUAAUUUUGUUGUUUAUGGUUCCCAGACAGGUCAGUCGGAAGCGAUCGCUAAAAUAAUUUAUGAACGAGCGGUAAAUAUUUCCUUAACGCCUCAGUUAUAUAUUCUUAAUGAUUUCGAAAACAAGUUCAAUAAGAAUAACAAUAUAUUAAUGGUAAUUGUUUGCUCAUCGACGGGUGAUGGUGAUCCACCAAAUAAUGCAGCUGAGUUCGUUCGAUUUAUUGGUCAGUCAACAUUGCCGAAUAAUUUUCUCUGUAAUGUGAGUUUUGCACUUCUGGGGUUAGGCGAUUCGAAUUAUUCAACAUUUCAAGGAACGCCACGAAAGAUUGAGAAAUGUAUGGUCCAUCUUGGCGCAAAAAGAUUAUUCGCAAGUGGUGUUGCUGACGAUCAAUUUCUAUUUUUUAAUAAUGAUUCCAUUUCUUGUAAUUUCUUUUUAGGUGAUGAAAAAGUAAGUUCCGAUGUAAAUCUUCGAGUUCCAAUUCCUGCUAUCCCUUAUUUAUCGUCCUUUAUUAUUGAUGAGAUUUUUGUAAGUCUUAAUGAAUUUUAUGAAUUAGAAUUUGAAAAUAAAAUAAAAACAAAAAAAUUUUUCUCUCUCCAUGGAUUAGAAUUAACUAAUGUUGGAGCGUUAAAAUCCAAGCAUGAAAUACAAAUUCAAUUCGGAAAUGACGAUAAUCUAUCUGAUAUUCAGUAUGAACCAGGCGACGCUUUUUAUUUUAUUAUUCGUAAUCGAGAUGCUGAAGUAAAUUACAUUUUACAUAGGUUACUUAAUUUGUUGUCAGUGGCAAAUCGAAAGUGCCAAAUUGUUGUGGAUACUUCGACAAAAAAAUCGAAUGCUGUUUUGCCGAAAUAUAUUCCAGAAAUAAGCUCAUAUCGAUAUAUUUUCACUUAUUGCUUAGAUAUUAGACGAGCACCAAGUAGACCACUGCUUAGAGUCUUAGCCAAUUAUGCUACUGAUGAAAAAGAGCGGAGAAGAUUACUUGAACUUUGCAGUGCACAAGGUGUAAAUGAAUUCACUUCGUUUGUGCGCCAGGCGAAUCUUUCGUUGAUUGACAUUUUGGCAGUUUUCACUUCAUGUCGUCCUCCUAUCUGUAGAUUAAUAGAGCUACUUCCAAGAUUAGUGCCUCGACCAUAUAGUGCUGCUUGCACUCAGUCGCAUCAGGAUAAAAGAAUUCGAUUUGUUUAUUCGAUAAUGACAUUCCCUAAAGGCACUGGUCGAUGUUAUAAACGUUGUGGUCUUGCUACCGAUUAUUUAAUGUCGCUGAAUGUUGGUGAUUAUGUUGAGAUUAUGUUGAAAGAACCGACGAAUUUUCGAUUUCCUCCUCGAUCUUUAAAUUUAAUAGACGCUCUUCAUAUACCUUUAAUAAUGGUUGGACCAGGAACUGGAGUUGUUCCAUUUAUUGCUUUUUUACAAUACAUACGGAAUGAGAUGUUAUCAUAUGUCGAUGAUGAAAUUUUGUCGGAUCUAUUUGUUUGUGAAUCGAGACCUACUGAUAAUACGAAUGGCAGGUUCUCGCCUUCGUAUGUGCAAAGCGUAUUGAAAUCGAAUGGGCAAAGGGUAUAUUUCAAUCUACCAUAUUAG